GUGAAAGUGAAAGUAAAGUGUGAAACUCCACCACCCUUUUCCCCCGUUAUUUCUGGAACAGACGUCGUGUUACAUUCUGUUCGUUGACAAAUUAGUCAUUCAACUGUUUUGGUUUAUUUUUCUAAACUCCUAAUAGUUUUAUUCACCAGUUACAAACAGCUUUACCUUGGAGUCAGACUUGUUUUGUUCAUGAAAUGAAGACCUUUCCGACCUCGGCGGUCUGGUGUUUUGGGAUUCUGUUCAUCAGUGUUUCAUUGAUAACGACAGGGUCGUCUGAGGUUCAGGUUGUUGGACCGGCUGACCCAGUCGUUGCCUUAGCUGGUGAUGACAUCAUUCUACCAUGUUCCCUGAAACCCAAUGUCAGUGCUGAGGACAUGAUAGUGAGGUGGACAAGAUUGAACCCGACAGCAGAAAAGGUCCACCUUUACCGUCAAGGAAGAGACUCCAAUGAGGAUCAGUCUCGAUCCUACAGGGGAAGGACAUCAAUGUUUCAUGAAGAACUGAAGAACGGCAACGUCUCCUUAAAGCUGAACAGAGUGACUCUCUCUGAUGCUGGAAGCUACAGGUGCUUCUUCCCAACACUGACCAGCCGGGUGAAGGAAACCUCCGUUCAACUCUUUGUUGGUGCUGUAUCUCAGCCAGUGAUCUCUAUUGAUGGAACUAAAGGCUGGGGGGUGGUCCUGAAGUGUGAGUCUGGAGGCUGGUUUCCUGAACCUCAGAUGGAGUGGCUGGACAGUUCUGGAACCAUCCUCCCUGCUGAUGGACCUCCAGAGAAAUACAGAGACUCAGAGGGCCGCUACGCUCUGAGACGACAUGUCACUGUGAACAAGACUGACACCAACAGGUUCACCUGUAGAGUUCACCAGACGGAGAUCAACCACCUGAAGGAGACAGAGAUCCAUGUCCCAGAUGAAGUGUUUCCUAAAUCACAAGUAGGGUUGAUUGUUGGUCUGUCAAUAGCAGCAGCAGCUGUUGUAGUUCUUGCAGCUUAUAUUGGUGUCUACAUGUGGAGAAAACAUAUUGAAGAGAAGAAGAAGAUUAGAGAAGAACAACAGAAGAAGAAGAUUAGAGAAGAACAACAGAAGAAGCUGAGAGAAGAUUUUGAGGAGCAAGAGAAGAAGAAGAUUAGAGAAGAACAACAGAAGAAGCUGAGAGAAGAUUUUGAGGAGCAAGUGAAGAAGCUUGGAAAAGAUUCGGAAGAAGUGAAGAAGCUGGGAAAAGAUGUUGAGGAACAAGACAAAUUGAAAAGGGAAGUGAAGCGUGAUGUCUGCUUUUUGAACAGAAACAAGGUUUACCUCAUCCAGAGUGUUACCAUGGCGAUUCCCAUGGCAUUUUACUUGUUCCGUUCUGAGAGGUACUCUAAGAUCCUUGCUGCCAGGACCAGACAGGGCCAGAUGGAACUGUUGUACGAGGCUCUAACCUUUGGAGGGGACAAGGUGAAAUCAGACUUUUACAGGAUUCUACUGGAUCUGGAACCUGACCUUGUCAACGACCCGGGAGCCAUAUUUGUGGACGUCCAUAAGGAUCAACUCAUUCAGAGGGUUACCAAGGUGAUGCCCAUCCUUCAUGAGCUGUUCUAUGAGGAGUUGUACUGUAACACCAGGAUCCAACAGAUGACCAGCCAGGACCAGAUGAGACAGUUGUACCAGGCCCUAGAAGAAGCAGAAGACUCAAGAAGUGUGAAAUUAGACUUUUACAGGAUUCUCCUGGAUCUGGAAUCUAACCUUGUCAGAGACUUGGGUAAGAACCUCUCUACCUCUGGUUACAUAUCACUGGAAUAUAAACCUUAUCUAGUCUAUCACCUGGGUAAGAACCUCUCUACCUCUGGUUACAUAUCACUGGAAUAUAAACCUUAUCUAGUCUAUCACCUGGGUAAGAACCUCUCUACCUCUGGUUACAUAUCACUGGAAUAUAAACCUUAUCUAGUCUAUCACCUGGGUAAGAACCUCUCUACCUCUGGUUACAUAUCACUGGAAUAUAAACCUUAUCUAGUCUAUCACCUGGGUAAGAACCUCUCUACCUCUGGUUACAUAUCACUGGAAUAUAAACCUUAUCUAGUCUAUCACCUGGGUAAGAACCUCUCUACCUCUGGUUACAUAUCACUGGAAUAUAAACCUUAUCUAGUCUAUCACCUGGGUAAGAACCUCUCUACCUCUGGUUACAUAUCACUGGAAGACUAGAUAAGGUUUAUAUAUCACCUGGGUAAGAACCU